AUGUCUCUAAAACAGUUCUUGACACAUAGAACUAUCAGCUUAGAGAGUACUAUGAAGACUGUGUGUGGAUUCUACUUGCUUGUACCAAGGAUGAUGAUGGCUCUCAGCUUGAUCAUGUUUGAUGGCAAGGUUGUCUGCCAGCAGGCAAGGGAAACCAUUGUGGAUGUGUUCAAUCAUCAGUGGAAGGAACUUAUCAGUGUGCUGGUGGGUUGUGCUGGUAUCAUUUGA